UCGUAACCCAACAAACUGAUAGGCGGGAUAAACAGACUUUGAUGAUCUUAAAGAAAGGAUAUAAGUGGCUUAAAAUUGUGUUUGCCAUAGGAUCAUUUUCAUAAAUAUGUUCUAGUUAUAGUGCGGCUCUAUAAAACUUGUCUAAGCUCUCACAGAUUCGCGAUAAUUUAUAACACGUUAGACGUCAACUGAUCUAUGAUAAAAGCAAAUCUGAUUGCGAUCUUUAAAAACGCCGUCAAGAGCAAAAAGGACCGUCCCCUCGAGAGCGAAGCAAAAAAUUUUAAUCUGCUAACAACACCCAUAGCAAUCAGCCAUGAAGUUGGUACUUCUCUUGUGCGUUUUUACAUGCUGCAUUCUAACCUCCACCUGGUGCUCGCCAACCAGUCGCAUCAUCGGUGGCGAAUCAGUGGUCAGGGGUGAUUAUCCCUGGGUUACCCUCGUGGAAGCGUUCAAUGGAGGCCAGGUUAUUUCAUACUGUGGUGGCUCUCUCAUUUCCAGCAGCUUUGUGUUGACUGCGGCGCAAUGCAUUGAAGGAGCCGACAAAGCGAGAAUUUGGUUGGGUGCUUACAACAUAUCCAACCCUCUUGAGUUCAGCAGAGUUAGACUCAAUGCGACCUCCUUCUACACCCACCCUGACUACAACAACGCAUUCUAUGAUAACGAUAUUGCUUUGAUCCGGCUGCCUAGAACUGUAUCUUCCUCACCUUAUAUUAGCCCAGCCACUUUGCCAACCCAAGAAAUAGCGGAUCUUAAUUUGGAAGGCAUCUAUGGCACAAUGCUUGGAUGGGGCUUCAUCAGCCAAAAUUACAAUAAAAUGCACGAUGUCUUGAUGAAAUCACCGAACAGAGUGAUUGCGCCGAGCACCUGUGAAACCAGGUAUGGCGCAGGUUGGAUGUCGCCCAACAAAUAUUGCGUGGAGACUGCCGGAGGCAGAGGACCUUGCUUUGGUGACUCGGGCGGCGCUCUGAUGGCUCACAACGAGGAUGGAUCACCUGUUGUUUUUGCCAUCUUUUCUUUCCUUGAUACGGACUCCUGCAUUCAAGGAAUUCCAGUUGGAUACACCAAAGUUGGUGCUUACUUGGACUGGAUAAAAGGCAUCGCAGGCGUUUAGAACGGCAGCAAUUAACACGUGACCGUUGCGAAAUGAAACUUCAGCCUUAUCUGAUAACCUCGUAUGGCGCAUUUUUCUUGUAAGAAAUUCACUGAACAAGCCAUUGUCCCUUACGUUCCUUGU